UGUGCAAAGCGUUUUUGCGCGUGUGUGUGUGUGGAACUCCACAAGUGUGCGAGAGAGCAAUCAAAAUAAGAAAAAACCGCCCCUGAUGGAAAUUAUUUUCGCGAAUUACCAGCGAAAACGCACCGAAAGUUAAAACAAAGUGUUCGCAUUGAUAAGUUAGCAAGUGAAAUAAGUUGAAAUUACUCGACGCAUAAAAGCGACAGAGAACGCUAACGAGCGAGCGAGCGAGACGGCACAUAGCACACGCACUUCCAAGGAAGAUCCUUCUGCACCAUCCAGAUCCUGCUACCUGCACACAAAACAACCCAAAAGAUGAUCCUCGAGGGAAGCCGGAGGAGCCAACUGGCCCUCCUUCUGAUCGUUCUGUUGGCCGCCAUCGCUGGCCAAACGGAGGCCCAGAAGUCGGCCAAAAUCCAGAACACCUGCGCGUCCAAGGAGAAGUGCCACACUUGCAUCCAAACGGAAAGCUGCGCCUGGUGCAUGCAGCCCGAGUUCAAGGGUCAAUCGCGCUGCUUUCAGCGCAUCAGCAAUCUGUGUCCGGAGGAGUAUGUCUACAAUCCGGACACCUACGAGCAGAUUCUGCUGAACAAGAACCUAACGUUGGCCAGCCGAGUUAUGGGAGCGGCAGGAGGAGCCGCCGGAGCCGGUGGAGCAGCGGGUGGCGGCUACAUCUCCGGUGGCAGCUCGAGUUCCUACCACUCGUCCUCAUCCUCGUCCUCGUCCAGUUCGUACGGCUCGGAAUACUCGGCCGGUUGGUCAGCCAGCUCCGGCGAAAUUGUCCAAAUCAAGCCACAGUCCGUGAAAUUGCAGUUGCGCGUCAAUGAGAAACACGACCUCAAGGUGAGCUACUCGCAGGCGGAGGGCUAUCCCGUGGAUCUCUACUACUUGAUGGACCUUUCCAAGUCCAUGGAGGACGACAAGGAGAAGCUGUCCGCGCUGGGCGACCAACUUUCGCAGACCAUGAGGAGCAUCACCUCGAACUUCCGCCUCGGUUUCGGUUCCUUUGUGGACAAGGUGCUUAUGCCCUAUGUCUCGACCAUUCAGAAGAACCUGAUUGAGCCGUGCAACAAGUGCAGUCCUCCUUAUGGCUAUCGAAACGUCAUGGCCCUGAGUACGGACACGUAUAAAUUCUCUAACGAGGUGAAGGACGCCAAGGUGUCCGGCAACCUGGACGCUCCCGAAGGUGGCUUCGAUGCGAUCAUGCAGGCCAUCGCCUGCCGUCAACAGAUCGGUUGGCGUGAGCAGGCCCGUCGCCUGCUCGUCUUCUCCACGGACGCCGGAUUCCAUUACGCCGGCGAUGGCAAAUUGGGCGGCGUGAUUGCGCCCAACGACGGCGAGUGCCAUUUGAAUGCCGCCGGCGACUACACCCAUUCGACGGUCCAGGACUAUCCGAGUAUUUCGCAGAUCAACCAGAAGGUCAAGCAGAACGCCAUCAACAUCAUCUUCGCGGUGACCGCCAGCCAGUAUUCCGUGUACGAGAAGCUGGUCGGCCACAUUCAGGGCUCGUCGGCUGCUGUGCUCUCCAACGAUUCGUCGAACGUGGUGGACUUGGUCAAGGAGGAAUACGCUAAAAUCUCCUCUUCGGUGGAGAUGAAGGACAACGCCACUGGGGACGUGAAGAUCACAUACUUUUCGUCCUGCUUGAACGGCGGACCCGAGCUGCAGACCUCGAAGUGCGACAACCUGACCGUCGGCCAGCAGGUGAGCUUCACCGCCCAGAUCCAGGUGCUCAAGUGCCCGGAGAAUCCGCGCGACUGGCUGCAAACGAUCAACAUCUCGCCGGUGGGCAUCAACGAGAGCAUGCAGAUCCAGCUGGAGAUGCUGUGCGCGUGUCCCUGCGAACGGCCCGGCUCCACUGGCUACGAGGAGCACUCGCGGCGGUGCAGUGAGCACGGAACGUCGAUGUGCGGCAUCUGCAACUGCGACGAGAAUCACUUUGGCAACAUCUGCGAGUGUUCGGCCAUGGACGUGACCUCGAAGAACGGGAACGAUGCCAGCUGUCGGGCGGACAACACAACGACCACGGACUGUUCCGGGCGGGGCAACUGCGUGUGCGGCGCCUGCGAGUGCUUCAAGCGACCCAAUCCCGAGGAGGUGAUCUCCGGCAAGCUAUGCCAGUGCGACAACUUCAGCUGCGAGCGGAACAAGAACCAGCUGUGCUCCGGGCCCGAUCACGGCACCUGCGACUGCGGCCGCUGCGAGUGCAAGCCGGGCUGGACGGGCACCAGUUGCGCCUGCAAGGCCUCCAACGACACCUGCAUGCCGCCCGGCGGCGGGGAGAUCUGCUCCGGCCACGGCACCUGCGAGUGCGGCGUGUGCAAGUGCGCGGUGACCGAACAGGGCCGCUACUCCGGCCGCCACUGCGAGAAGUGCCCGACGUGCUCGGGCAAGUGCCAGGAGCUGAAGGACUGCGUCCAGUGCCAGAUGUACAAGACGGGUCCGCUGAAGAACGACGACGACUGCGCCCGCAACUGCACGGCCUUCACGCCGGUCAGCGUGGAGAAGGUGGAGAUCGACGAGCACAACGGGGAGAAGCUGUGCACGUUCUACGACGAGGACGACUGCAAGUUCACGUUCAAGUACAGCGAGCAGGGCGAGCUGAAGGUGCACGCCCAGGAGCGCAAGGAGUGCCUGCCGCGCGUCUUCAUGCUGGGCAUCGUUCUCGGCGUGAUCGCCGCCAUCGUUCUGGUGGGCCUGGCCAUUCUGCUGCUCUGGAAGCUGCUGACCACGAUCCAUGACCGCCGCGAGUUCGCCCGCUUCGAGAAGGAGCGCAUGAACGCCAAAUGGGAUACGGGCGAGAAUCCCAUCUACAAGCAGGCCACCUCCACCUUCAAGAACCCCAUGUAUGCGGGCAAAUAAAUCCGAUGUCUAACUAAAUAUUAGGGAAAUAUUACUUGUGUCAACUGUCUGUGCUUGAAACCGGAAACCAGAAACCAGAAAUCAGAAAACCAAUCAACUAACCAACCGAUAAAAAUCCCAUUUAAACUCCGAAAUACAUCGACAAAGCUGCUUUGCCCGGGUGCAAAACCACUGAAGUCAACUGCCAUUGAAACGCGUUCUAAACUAAGUCAACCUUAUAUAUCUAUAUAUAUAUAUAUUUAUAUAUACAUUUACACAACCGCCCCGUUGUGGGACAGCCUUUAUACAUUGCGUAUACUUAACGAGCAAACGAUUUGUGCCUUGCAACAUAUUUUAGACUAUAUAUCUUUACGUAUAUACACACACGAGCAAGAAAUCGGACAACACGCACAGCAAAGCCAAGAAGCAGCCGAGAAGGAGAAGAUACAAACAAACAAAGCAACAACAGCCAACAAAUUAACUACGAACGAUAGUUAGAAUUAUGAUUUUUGUGUUCUUUUCGUGCCCAUUGAUUGUAUGUCGAUCGGAGCCAGCAUAUGAAUUUGUAUUUUAUUUUACUCUUAAUUUGUAGUUUUUUGUUUUGUGUUUUUUUCCCCCGCCUUCCUAAUUUAUCCAACGAUGUAUUUAACUUAAAACGUUGAAUCUAACUGAAAUGUUUCCGUUCCAAAAACUAUCUGUCGUCCUUCGCCACGUCCCAAGUCCCCCGUCUAAAUGUUUUUCUAUUUGUUUUAAAACGCUAACUUUACAAUUAAUAUUUAAGCAAUUAACAUUUAAGCUUGUAAUUGUUAAUUUUAAAGUGCAAGAGUGCCACGGGGACAUUUUGUUUUCUGUAAAAUCUUUUCAUUUUUAUUUUUGUAUGUUUUAUUUAUGAAAAAAAAGGAAGAAAGAAAGAAAGCAAAGAAAAGAGGAAAAGCCGCGUGGAGCGGAAUGGAAUAAAGUCUCUUGUGAGUGUUUUGUUUUAUUAAAUUUCGAUCAUUAAUAGUAAAUUAAUACUACUAUAUAAAUAUAUAUUUUUUGCCAUUUGUACUGAUUACUGAUUAACAUUUAAAGUAAUACAAAACGAACAUUUUUGUAUAAAAAGAUGAACCAUUUUGGGUAAUUUUAUUGAAUGAUAAACCAACACAAAAUGAAGUGGAAACACUAGCAAUAUAAAAAGAAGUGGAAUUUAAAUUGUUUGACGCUAAUUUUAGUAAAAUAAAUAAAAAAGAAACUAUAAAAAAAAAAGAA